GGUAUGGGCGUGGUCAUUAUUAACCAUAAUAAACAACUUGUCUUCUUGUGUCUACUGUGUCUUGUUAGCUAGCUAGCUGUCGCGAUCAGUCCCUGGAAGAUUAGUUGAAGAGACCUAAGCGACUAGAGCCAUGGCUGAGAGGGAAGGCUGCUGCAAGACUCCAUUCUUCACUAUAGAAUGGGCAAUGUGGGCCAAUGUGAAUGCUCUCUACUCGGCCGUGUUUAUGUUUAUCGGAGGGGUUGUCGCUGCUACCAUGGAGACCAUCAACGAAAACUCUCUUCCCGUUCAUUCGUUUGGUGUCGUGGCCAGGUGGAUUGUCAUUGGAUUGUCUCUGAUCAUCUUUUUCAUUGAGUACCCGCGAGGAAAGAGACGAAAGAACAAGAAGAAUGUGGAGAGGCCUGGUCAGAGCUACAUUGCUCCAGUGAUCAACUUGACGUUUUUCGUGGGCAAAAUCUACAUUUUCAGAGUGAUAUUCUAUAUUCUAGCCAUCAUUCCGUGCAUCUUUGUGUUGCCUGCCAUCCUGAGUGCUAUCACGUUGUUCAUCUCGUGUGUGUGCUACUUCAUAGCGGCCAUCAAUGGGGAGGAGUGGGAGGCGCCCUCGUUGGCAUGGGGACCAGGAGCUACACAAAGGGACGACACUCCAAAGGUUGGCCACACCCUCCCUGAGGCUCCGAGCCACCCUCCACCACGCCCACCCCCACAGGCUAGACAGGGACUGUCAGCCCCGCCCUCUGCCCCACCCCCUCGUCCUAAGACUAACCUCAGUGAUGCCCCGGAAUAGUUCAAUCAUUUUAACUUACAAUUAUAGUAAACGGUACUUUUAUUUUGUUUGCCAGUAUUAUUAAUUUUUAUAGUAAUAGCUAUAAUUAUAAUUAUAGAGAUGCUCUGUUUGCGUAUUUGAUUAACUAAAAUUAAUUUUAUGACUAA